CAGAUAUCUUCUAUAUAGACUGAAAGAGAAUAAUCAGGAACUGGCUGUGGGUUUGAUAAAAAUCCACGCGUUUCGGCGAACCGUGGGGAUAAACUGGGACGAUCAGUGACACUAAUGACCACAGUGGGAGUAAUAGUUGUUGAAACCAUCUUUCUCAUUCUGAUAUGCGCCGGUGCAUUGACUGGAAAUGUUAUGCUUUUUGUGCUUAUUGCAAAAAACCCACCGCUUCAAACCAAAGGAAAUGUAUUUAUCCUGAAUCUAGCCUUUGCUGAUUUACUGGUUGCUGUCGUCAACAUGCCUGUAACCAUAGUGACAGUUAUAGCGGACGAUUGGAUCCUAGGGGAAAACGUAUGUCUGGCUUCUGGAUUUUUUACACUACUAACGUUCGUGGCAUCGUGCAUGGCAUUGACUAUGAUUAGCGUGAAUCGUUACCACGCGAUAUGUCAUUGGACCUCUUACCACGAGAAGUACACGCAUGGAAAGUGCGUGAUAUACAUUGGCAUUGUAUGGGGAGUUACGAUAGGACUCUCCCUGCCGCCGUUUUUUGGCUGGGCGAAAUUCGCUUACGAUGAAGGGCAGAGUUAUUGUUUUGCUGAAUGGGGCAUGAGCAAGUCUUAUACGUUGUUUAUGAUCGCUGCUUGCCUGUUUGGACCAAUCAGUGUCAUGUCCUAUUGUUACGCAAAGAUUUAUAGGUUUAAAAAGCAGAGUGGCAUUCGUGUUCUGGCGGCUGGGACUGCGAGCGACUCGAAUUCAAACGAAAUGCAUACGGUAACUGGGACGUAUGCUAGUGGAGAGCUGGUCUCCAACGCUUCAUCUCGAAACGAUCGCAAGCUCAGUCGAACGAUCAUGACGCUAAUCGUCGUAUUCGCAUUGUGCUGGUCACCUUUUGCGAUAAUCAUGAUCUUGCAAGUGUUUUUCUCCGUCGAUGUGCCGCGAUGGGCUGACUUCAUUUCGCUUGUGCUCGGCUAUAUGAACAGUUUUUUAAAUGUUUUUGUAUAUAAUGCUACGAACAAGGCGGUCAGGCAAGGGUAUAGAAAAUUAUUAGGCUGUAAACCAAACAGAGUUGACAUUGGCGGUUGAACGAUAUUGUACUUCGCGUGUGGGCCUCCACAGACUAGGGAUUAA